CAGUUCCGGGUCGCGGCCGGCCCGCAACAGCUGGGCCCCCCCCCUCCUCUCUUUUACUCUCUCGCUCGCCCCGUGUGUUUUGCCAUCGUUUCGGUUGUUGUCGUUGUUGCGGUAAUGGCGUUCAUGUGUCAAAAGGACAGCUUCCUUAAGGAGCUGACCACCGGCGUGCGGUCGUGCGCGCCCGCCGUGCUGCACACGGAGACCAACGGGAAGAAGAAGAAAAUUGAGGGUUUCGAGGUGAUACUGGAGGACACCGUCCUGUUCCCUGAAGGUGGAGGCCAGCCGGAUGACUUUGGCACCAUUAAUGGGCUGUCGGUGCUGCGAGUGACGCGGAAAGGUGGAGAUGCUGUCCACUUCGUGGAGUCGCCCCUAGAGGUUGGGGUGAGCGUGGAUCUGCGAGUUGAUUGGGCGCGUCGCUUUGACCACAUGCAACAGCACUCUGGGCAGCACCUUGUCACUGCCUUGGCAGACUCCAUGUAUGGGUUCAAAACAACAUCUUGGGACUUGGGUAAGCAGCGGUCGAGCAUCGAGUUGGACACGCCGAGUGUAUCGGCCGAGCAACUUCGUGACCUGGAGCUCGCAGUCAACACCAAGAUCCGUGAGCACGUUCCCGUAGAAGUCCACGUUUACGAGGCGGAUGAUCCAGAGCUGGCACAGUUCCGGAGUCGAGGAUUGCCGGAUGACCAUGUGGGACCUGUCAGGAUCAUCGACAUCAAGGCAGUGGAUGCCAACAUGUGCUGCGGGACUCACGUUUCCAACCUCAGCCAGCUACAGGCAAUCAAGAUCUUCGGCGCCGAGAAGGGAAAAAAGAACAAGACCAACAUUUUGUUCCUGGCGGGAAACCGCGUGCUGCAGUAUUGUGAACGCAGUUACGCGAACGAGAGGGCUCUGAACGCCCUCGUCAAGGUGGGGCCCGAGGAACAGGUGGAGGCUGUGGACCGUCUCCAGAAACAAGCGAAACUGUUGCAGAAGAGUAACACCAUUCUGCUGCGUGACCUGGCCGUGCUCACUGCCAAGAGCUGUCGCGAGGAGGCCAGUCGCAGUGGGAUGUUCUCUAUGCACAGGAAAGAAGGAGACAAUGAGUUCAUGAAUAUAAUUGCAAACGAACUUUCAAGCGAGGGUGUGCUGGUGUUCCUGAGCGUGGGGGACGAGAAGGCAGCUGGACUGUUCUUGGUGGCCGGGCCACAGCAAGCCGUGCAGGAACUGGGCCCAAAGGUGGCGGAAGUGCUGGAAGGGAAGGGGGCCGGCAAGGGCCCCAAGUUCCAGGGCAAAGCCAACAAGAUGAGCCGGCGAGCCGAGGCCGAGGUUCUUGUGCGUGACUAUGUGGCUGCCCAGCGGCCGCCAGAAGCGUAGAAGGGCCGUGUUAAGUACACCUUGCCAGAACACAGCCUUUCCCUGUGACAUGAUAAUCAGAGACUUGAUAGUCAACACUAAAUAUUAAAGUUUCCAUUUUUUACAAGUAGGGUUUUCCCCACGUUUCUCAUUCAGUGGCCUAGCAGCAUGGCAUGUGGCAUGAGAUUGGGAAGGAAGCCGUGGUCUGGAACCUAAUGCACUUCUCACCUGGAGGGCCCUGAUCACGUGUGAAGAAGGGCUCUGGCAGAGCCCACAUCUGGUCCUGGGAUAGAACUUGCUCCAAUAGCCUACCUCUCAGAAUUCCUCACGUAUUUUUAAACUACAUUGAAGGUGCAUUGUUUUAGGUCAGUUUCUGUUAUUUUGAAUGAAUCAAAUGGGUUUUUUGUGUUUCACUUGAUGCAAGCCUCAAAAAUAAAUAGCACUGAGACACACAUACAGAUUGCAUGUGAAAGGACUGUGAAGAUUGUGGUGGGGGGUAAUGAAGCUGCGCUUACAAAUCCAGAAAUCAUGGUUGCACUAACGGUGAUCAAAAAUAAACGGAAUGAAGACAA